AUGAGCGCAGACUCCCUUCUGCCCAUCGCCCCUGCGCGGGUGAAGACGCUGUGUGUCCCCAUCGGACAGAUCAAGGCAGACCGCUUCGCCUCCUUUCUCGAGACGCUGCAGGGCGAACAUGUCGUUCACCUUCGCGAUGUGGGCGCCGACAAGCGGCCGAAUAGAACUAUGUUCUCGCCGCUGGCCUUCCCCGACGGCGCCAUUUUCUACGAGUUCGCUACCCACGUACCGCCGCCCUCGCACCUUGCCCUGCUGCCCUUCGACCUGUACAGAGAGAUAUUUGUGAUCCUUGCGAUCGCUGAUGGCACCGAGGUGGACAAGGUCCCCUUCAGCAAGACGCAGACCGGCGAGACUCUUGCGGAUCGAAAUAUCAGAGCUCUGUACCAGGGGCUGGAGGAUCUGAGGGACUCCUUCCCCAAGGCCCUCGUCCACCAGCUCCUGCUCUUCGACUACACGCAUCCUGCAGACCACCCAAUCCCCCUGCCCGAAGGCAUCGUGGCUAUACCGCCGCCCGACCAGUGGAAGAGGACCACCAUGAGGACCAUCAUGUGCGAUGUCUCGACGCUGUUGCUGGCCGAAAUGACCGGCCUCGCGAGGUCGUUCGAGGCUGUGGCGUACCUCGAGUCGCCGGGCCAGGGGAACGCCUCAACAAAUGGCUCUGAUGAGCCAGUUAUACGGCGACGGAACUCGCAGUUCGCCAUAGGGCGGUCGGCUUCUGCGAACGCCACUCUGGAGCACAAGGACUCACCUAGGCUGUCGAUGCCGCUCCCUUUCAAGAGCACGCCCCCUGCAGCCUCUCCAAACCGGCCAUCCACCCCCGUGAAAGGGAGUAGUAGUGCCCUGGCCCACCCGCCCACAUCCUUCGACGACAUACCGGCCGUGCAGGAGAGAUCGAACCCAGCAAGUCCAGAGCAGAAGGGAUCGGCUCGACCAGGCACGGCGCAGGGGAUUCGCAGCACAAGCCAGGACCGCGUGUCCGUACACGGCUUUGGCUCCGGCGGCGUCAACGAGCGAUGGCGCAACAAGGGCAAGGCGCGUAUCACGGUCCUCAUGGCGUCCAUGUACCUGCAGGCGGGUCGGUGGACAGACUCGCUCAAAGAGGCCAUGGAGGGCGCAACCGUGGCCAAGUCGAUUAAUGAUCAUCUCUGGCACGGGAAAGCGCUCGAGAUCAUCACUGUCAGCCUGUUACUGCUGAGCUGGGCUGGUGUAGAAUUUGUCGUCCCGUCCAUCUGCCUGCCCCAGGAUAAAAACGCGGCCAACGGCGUGCAGGAGGAGAACGCCGACCCCAGCCAGCCCGAGUACCUACGUCGCUUUCAGAAUGCUCUCCCAGACCUGCUGGACAGGAUACUUGCUCUCUAUUCUAGGAUCUCAGCAGAGCAUCUGCCUGUGCUGCCCAUGUCUGAGACUAUCAUCAGGUUUUCCCGGAUCCUGGCGGCGUUGCACGUCGCAGAGGGUAAGCUAGGUGGGCAGUCGCUCGACAUGAUGAUCGUAGGGACAGCGCCUGACAAGCUUCUUUCGACAUGCCCACGGCCCAUGAUCACACCGCCCCGUAUGGUCAUCGUGACCACGUUGAUGCGUGCGUUUCCUGGCCCGGGAGCCGAGCUGUUGACCACGCCAGACCGCGUUACGAUCCUGAGCGGCAUUGCCACUGUGCUGGGCUUGUUGGGGUAUCAGAGAAAAAAGGCCAUGGUGAUACGAGAGCUCAUCUCGGUGGUCAUUGGAGGGCUUGUCGAGGCGAGAACACGCGGUGCCGCCGAGGUUGGGAUCCACCCAGCGGCCGGACUGGUGGCACUAAACAACAUCAACGGUCACUCCAAUGGAGCAGUCCUCCAGCUGGCCGAGAGUGAUAUCGAGCAAGGAAUCGAUGCCUUCCUCGACCUGGUCAUAAGGACCUACGGAGUGGUGGCAUUCGAUAUGCCUAUCGAGUCGGAAGUCACCAAGGACGGUGAGACUCCGAUAGAUCCAGACUCGGAUGCAGCAUGCCUCAAGCGGAUACAAAAGCAGGCGGCUGCCCGCCUGUAUGGCAUGGGCCAGCUGAAGGUGAACAUAUUGCGGGCUUGCAUUAACUUCUCUGAGGCACUGCCCGAUUUUGCCGGCGUUUUGAAAUUCUCUAGCGACCUCAUGCGGACAGCCGGCAGCGGCAUAGCACCAGGUCCCCGCCAGGAAGAUGCUGCGCCUCGCAUUUCCGUCGACGAACAGGUCCGGCUCGUCACCAAUAUCUCCAAGACCCACAGCUUGACGGAGCGGAUAGGUCUGGGUCAUAUGGAGGCCGAAUACUGGGACGAGUUCUUCCUACGGGGCAUGAAGCUCGAACCCCAGCCCAUCACGCGCACGCCGAUCGAGCACGCAAAGACGGAGCUCCCCGGGUUCUCCUCGACCAGAACAUCUCAGGACGUCAAUCCUUUCAUACAUAACCCAUUUCAGAAGCAGCCGGACAAGGUGGCUAUGGUCAGCAAUCUUGUGGCUGGCGAGCCCGUGACGUUCAAGGUCACAUUACAAAACCCUUACGACAUCGAGGUGGAUAUCGUGAGCGCCAAGAUUGCGACCGAGGGGGUCGAGUUCGAGUCUACGGCCGGACAAGCCCUGAUUGGCGCGUAUCGCACCCAGUCAAUGCGUAUCACCGGUAUACCGAAGUCAUCUGGUUCAUUGCGUGUCACGGGCGCAUUGAUACGCGUGAGGGGUUGCAGGGAGAGGCGGUUUCCCAUCUUUACAGAGCCUUGGUCACUGAACACAGAGCCCAAGGUAAAAGCCACGGGCCUGGCGGCGCUCGAUUAUAGCAUGUCUUUGCCUGCACCCUCGAGCCCUCUCCCGAAACCUCAUUACAUCGACGUCCAUGUCGUCUCCCAGCAGCCUGUCCUGAUCGUCAAGUCGACGACGCUGCCUCAAUCUUCAGUUAUGAUCCUGGAAGGAGAGCGGCAGACUUUCUCCGUCACACUUCAGAAUCUAUCCGAUACCCCGGCCGAUUUCCUCCUCUUCUCCUUCCAAGACUCCACACAGGAACAGCUGCAGACCGCACUCAACAACCGCGAUGCGACGCCGGCCGAGCUUUAUGAGUAUGAGCUCAUCCUGGCCAAGAAACAGGCCCUGCGGCUCUCGAAGCCGGUCAGCAGGAGAUACAUCGCGCCUGGCGAGACAGCAACUGUCGAAUUUGAGAUAUUAGGCAAGCCAGGCCUGACGAGUGCGGGCAUACUGAUUGACUAUGCUUACUUUGGCGUGCCGCCUGAAGAACUUGAGCCAAAGUUCUUCACGCGCCAGGUCUCGCUGCAGCUGACAGUGACCGUCAACGCAAGCGUCGAGAUUGCGAGGAUGGAGGUGCUGCCGCUGCACGGGAGCAUACCCCAACCACUAUGGGCCAGGACGAGCAAGGUUGGAGGGGAGAGUCACGUGCUUACCUCGGACAAGUACUGUCUCUUACUUCUCGACCUACGCAAUGCAUGGCCGAGCAGCAUGAUUGCCCAACUCGAGAUCGAGGACGGCGCAGUCAUUGAGGAACACAUACUGCCUGGAAACACAAGCCGUGUCAUAGUGCCCGUGCGACGAGUGUAUCUCGAGGACCCGCAUGCGUCCAUACCUGCCUUGAAUCCAUCUCGACAUCGCCAAUUCGUUGUCAGCACGAGCAAGAUCUCUCCCGAUGUGGAGAGGGGCAACCGUGAGGCCUUUUGGUACCGCGAGAAGAUCCUGGACUGCCUCAAAGGCACUUGGAAAACGGGCAACAGGCCUAUGCGCACUGGCAACAUUGAUCUCCGCAGCAUGCGCCUCACGACACGGAUGAUCGAGGCCAUCAAGGUGGACGAGGUGGGUAUCGAGGUGUCGGUCGAGGACCCGUCUGCACCGACGGGACCAGACACUGUUUCCGCUACCGCGGAGCCGGGGGUACAGCGAAGCAGCAGCAAGGACUGUGUAUGCGUGGACGACUUUGUUCAGAUCCGCGUGCACAUCAGCAACCGUACCGAGCAGCCCAUCUACCCGACCUUGCGGCUCAUGCCGGCUCUCUGCCACCGACCUCUCAACGUCGCGCUCGACUAUACGCGCAAGUUCGCCUGGAACGGCACGCUGCAGCAGUUCCUCCCUCUACUCCCCGGCAAACAGAGCACGGACGUGCUCCUCGGCGUCACCGCGCUGUGCAGGGGCGAGUUCGAAAUCACGGCAUCCGUGGAGGAGACGAGGGUGUACCGGCCCACGACAGAGGACGAGAGGCGGAGGGGAUCCGUGCGGGCCCCCAAGCUCAGCGUGACGGCCACGCCCGCCGGUCCAGAGGGCAGACCCCGGUCGAGCACGCAGGAGCUGUUGGACCUUGCACUCGGGGCGAGGGAGAGGAGGAUCUGGCAUUCAAGACAACCCUGUCGGCUUCGCGUAAAGGAUCGGGAGUGGUAG